AUGGCUGGAGUUGAGGCAAUAGGAAUUAGCAAACCAAGAACUGACCCAGAUGAUGUUGAUAGAGGAUUAAGGGGCAAAGGGACAAUGGUGACAGUGUCCAAGCUUGAACUAGAUCAAGCUCAAUUAGUCGUGAUGAACAAUAACGCAGAGUCAAGAGAUGAUGCUCGAGAGGUUCAAAAUAGUGGUAUACGUAUCGUCGCAGAAACUAUGCACUUUGCAAGUGCAAAAGAUAGAAACCCUGUUUUAGGUACUAUGACGUAUUACGGGGUCAUUGAAGAAAUAUGGGAGCUCAAUUAUUUUGCGUUCCGAAUUCCACUUUUUAAGUGUUCUUGGGUUGACAACAACGUUGGAGUAAAAACCGACGAGCUUGGUUUUACUUUGGUUGAUUUAACGACGGAGAACGCCGCCGAACAAGAGGAAGAAGGAGAGGUGGCUGGUGAGGCGUAUGUUCCACAACCAUACGCUCCUCAGGAUGAGGUACAACCACAAAUUUAUGCUGAGGAGUUCAUUUCCCUCAACGACCAAGGUAUCCUAUACAAUUUUGAUGACCAUGCGGCCCUUAAUCAGCAAGUACAUCUCUGCUCUGACAACAUCGACAAUAUUGUGGCCCGAGGGUAUUUGUACGAGCAUGUGGGUGAGAUCAAAGUACACUGCAAGGAUUACGAUGAUUCACAUGCUCGGAUCAUGGUUUCGGAAAUCCUGCAAGAGGACGCUGAAAUCCCAGUCCCACUUGAAGAGUUCAGAUAUGUUAGGGACGUGUACCAGAUGUUCCUUCCUUGGCCUAAACACUUAAUUUUAACAACCGAGGGUCCACUCGCUCAACCGCCCUCAAGACGUGAUGCGUCAAAGGGGAAAGCUCCGAUGCUUUCUCCACAAAGCCGUGGUGCACGGGAAGAUGAGUUGUUCACGGAAGAGAAGAUGGCGUUGAUCCCUAAUUCGCUGAAAUGGAUGAUUCAUGAAUUCCUAAGGCUCAAAGAUAAACGUGAUAUAAUCACAAUUUCUGUCCCUCGAGGAUUCAUUGCACCGCGUACCCAGAUCAUUUUAUCUAGAGAGGAUUUGCAGCAGGUUGCUACGUGUAACUACAUCGGCAACCAGGGAAUGCUGUUUGGAAUGAUGCACAUAUGGGAGAGCAUCAACGGUCUGAGAAAAAUUUUCAAGUUUUACGACCCAGAGCUUCUCACAGUGCAUGGGAUCAGCGAUGAAGAACGAGUCGAUCUUUUGACGAUGCGGCAAGACGAUUGGCUAAUUGGUUAUCAUUAAUGAACAGCAACCACCAAAUGUUCUUUAUUCCUUGGAAUAUCGGGAUGCAUUGGACGCUAGUGGUGGUUGCGCCAAAGAAAAUUAUCCAUUUAAACCCUCUAAAAGGCCGCCCAAUUCCCGAAGAAAUAGAACAAAUGAUCGGAAGGGCAUUCAUGUAUAUAGGGGACGCAAAUCAGUAUCUUGGCCCGUGGCAAGGAAUUGCACAAGCAAACUGUCCAAGACAACCUAAAAGCCAAGAAUGCGGUUUUUAUGUUUUGAAAUAUAUGACUGACAUCGUCGCACGUGCCAACCCCAACCGUUACAUAGAAGAUCAAAAAGCUUUUGGGGGUAAGAAGCAAUACGAUCCAAAAACAGAAAUUUUACCACUACAGCGAAAGUGGAUCGAACAAUUGAUGGCGGUGAUUCACGGUGACGAUUGAGGUUCAAAGGUCGAAGAAUUUUUCUUCAUUAUGUAAUUUUUAUAGAUUAACUUGUAAUUAGAUUUAUUAACUUAUUAAUAUUUUUAACUAAUUUUACAUGUUUGUGUAAUAUUUAAUUAUUUUUAUGAAAUCAAAUUAUGUUUUUACCCAAA